AUGCUUGCUCCAUCAUCAGUAAAAGUUGAUGCCAACGGAAAGUGUAGCCUUGCUUUCAAGCAGCUGAGAGAUGUUCCCUCUCAAAUGGUCUUUCAAGCACUUGCUCCCAAAGUGAUAGAAUUGGAUCUUUCUCAUAACAAUCUUACGGAUGUAUCGGAGAAUGUUAACUGCUUGGAAAAUUUAACGAGCUUGGUUCUGGAUCAUAAUAGAAUACAUUCUGGAUCUACUUUUAAUGGAGGAAAACCAAUGCCCAAAAUUACAUUAUUAUGGGUCAAUUCAAACAAAAUUAAGGACCUCAAACAGUUUUUAGAAAAGGUAGCAAUUCACUUUCCCAACUUGAAAAUAUUUUCCAUGUUGAAAAACGAGGCAUGUCCAAACUUUUUCACAGGAGGAUCGGCGGAACAAUAUGAGCAGUAUAGAUUGUUUGUUGUGAGUAGACUACCGAAUUUGCAAGUAUUGGAUUCAUCCACUGUGACAAAAUCGGAGCGUGAAAUUGCCAAGAAAAUGUAUGGAAAUUUGGACUCGGUUCCAAGCUUUAUUUUAAUGCAACAGCAGGAACAGCAGAAUGCUGAAUCAAAACAGCCUCCUAAAGGCGCUGCAAACAACACAAAUACUUCGUCAUCUAACGUAUCGAAUUUACCCAACUUUGGAACAUUAACAUCAGGUGGCACACCGUCACAACCAUCUUACAACCUUCCAAACAUUUCUACUCUUCAACCCAACACUUCACUCCCUCCCGUUAACUCUUUCAAUUCUUACACGAACCAUUAUCAAAAUAACCAAAGUAUUUAUUUCAGCAAUAAUGUUCCAAUAUCUGUACAACCAUAUCAUGAUUUAAUGGGAUCGCCUCAAUUACUCGGAGGACCCACACUACAAAAUCACAAUUCAAUGUAUCCAUUGCCGCAACCAACUACUUCUCUUCCCAUGCCCAAUUCAAACCUACCUUCUCAACCAGGAUUGCAACUUCCCUCAUUGGAUUCACUAGCUCAAAAAAAUCAGACCACUUAUAGAGGGCCAUAUUUGUAA